AUGGACGACAAUGAGGGGACUCACGCUUUCUACCCAAUCGGCCCUAGGCUCAUUCUAAUCACAGUCAGUUUGAUGCUGGCAGUCUUUUGUGUCGCUCUGGACAACACGAUUAUGGCAGUCGCGAUCCCACGCAUUACGGAUGACUUCCACGCACUUAACGAUGUGGGCUGGUAUGCCUCAUCCUAUUUAUUGACAACGUGCUCGUUUCAAUUACUUUAUGGAAAGUUCUACACAUUGUUCAGCAUCAAAUGGGUUUACUUAACAGCCUUGUUUAUCUUCGAACUGGGCUCUUUGAUCUGCGGCGUUGCGCCAAACUCGACUGCUCUAAUUGUUGGACGCGCAGUUGCUGGGCUGGGAAGCGCUGGCAUAUUCACCGGAGCACUAGUCACUCUAGCGCAUACAGUCGAGCUGGCCAAAAGACCAAUGUUUUUUGGGGUGCUUGGUGGCAUGUAUGGCAUCGCUUCGGUUGCUGGACCUUUGUUGGGUGGUGCGUUUACAGACCAUGCUACCUGGAGAUGGUGCUUUUACAUCAACCUUCCUUUGGGGGGGAUCACAGCAAUUGGACUUCUUACUUUGCUCAAGCUACCCACCAAAACAAAGACUCAAAGUGCGCCCAUGAAUACCUUUCUCAAAUUGGAUCCACUGGGGACGACAAUCUUCGUCCCCGCGAUUGUCUGUCUGCUACUUGCUCUUCAGUGGGGAGGAGUGAGAUACGACUGGUCGAACGGCCGCAUCAUCGCUUUGUUCGUGGUUUUCGGAAUCGCCAUUCUCGCAUUCAUCUUGCUUCAAAUCGUACUUGGGGACAAGGCCACCGUGCCCACUGAUAUUUCCCGCCAACGGACUAUUGCAUCUGCGUCUUUCUUCGGGCUGUGUAUCGGCGGCUCUUUCUUCAUUAUGAUCUAUUAUAUCCCUAUCUGGUUCCAAGCUAUCCGUGGAGUCAGUGCUGUCCAUUCCGGUAUCAACUCCCUGCCUAUGAUCCUGGCAAAUGUCGUUGGCAUUCUAUUAGCCGGCGCAUUGACCACCCGUUUUGGAUACUACGCCCCAUUCUUUAUCGCCAGCAGCGUAAUCAUGUCCAUUGGGGCGGGCCUAAUUACAACAUGGACAGUUGAUGUGUCUCAGUCCAGAUGGGUCGGGUUUCUGUUCCUGUAUGGAAUGGGGGUGGGUUUCGGAUUCCAACAGGGUGGCGUUGCUGCACAGGCCGUCCUCCCCUUGUCCAAGGUAUCAAUCGGCACCUCGACUGUCAUGUUCUUGCAGAUGCUUGGUGGGUCAGUGUUUGUGUCCGUUGCACAGAACAUCUUUACUAAGCGGCUUAUCACCAACCUUGCCGCCUUGAAUAUUCCGGACUUUUCCCCUUCGGAGGUCGUUAAUGGCGGAGCAACAAGCCUUAGAUCCAUCGUCAGUGACUCAGAUCUCCCGGAUGUGCUUGUGGCAUAUAACGAUGCACUCGUGGAGGUGUUUCAACUCGGUCUUAUCUUGGCUUGUUUGAGUAUCAUUGGUGCCCUGGGCGUUGAAUGGAAGAACAUGAAAGCGAAAAAGGCGGAUGUCGCUGCUGCUUAG